UUAUUUGCUUCUUUUUUUUUUAUGAUUUCCAUCUAGCUUAUUUUUCUUUUAUAACCUUUUUCAUGAAAUUCUCUGUUUUUCUUUUUGCUAAACUUUUGCAUAAACAACAUAGAUAUGAACUAUUCUAUUUGGUGUGUAAAUAAAGGAGUGUCGGCCCCGAGACUCAUCACCUUCGCAUGUUUAACUUUCUUUGGCUCUAUCUUUCCGAGCAAGAUCAGCAAGUCCUUUGUUCAUUUAAUUGCCUGCUAUUGGAUAAAAGAGGAAUUAACAAGUGGAUGAGUGAUAAUACUCGUAGAUUUAUACUUGGUUCCAAACGACUUAAGCAUUGUACGGUAGCAAUUCAUGUACUAGACUGUAGAAUCUGCGAGAGAGAAUAAUGCAGUUCGUUUGAUUGAACCAUGAAGACCUCUGUGCCUUUAAAUUAUUGGAGAUGUUCAAAGGAAGGAGAAAGUAAAAUCUAUGAUAGGACAAGUGGAAUGCGAUCUUGUUGUCAUGAAAAUAAUAUUAGAGAAAGAAGGAGGAUUCUGCACUGGAAGUGCUAGAGUUACUGAUCACCAGCGAUUGUGCAGUUCUGGGUACGUCUUUUCUACUUCUUUGCCCCCAUAUCUUGCGAGUGCUGCCAUUACUGCCAUUGAUGUUCUUGAGGAGAACCCUGAUCUGAUAACGAAGUUGAAGAAAAACAUUACGUUACUAUGUAAAGGAUUGUCAGGUGUAAUGGGGGUUGCUUAUAUUCAAGAAGUUGGGAAAGCCAGCCUCUUUUUUGAGUUAGGCUAGCUUUUAAUUAACAUUUUUGUAGCAAUUAUGAACAAACAUGGAUACUAAUUGCUAGGCUAGCCUUGUAGUA